AUCAGCUACAGAGAGAAGUAUAAAAAAUUAAAAGGCAAGAAUGAGUUUGUUCCUGAUACGGCGAAACUGAAGGCUGUCACAGAUUCCAUAUCAGAGACAAAGUACAAGGAAGCCGGCAGGAAGGAGUUAUCCCACUCCCUGUACCAGAUGAUGCCAGCAACAUUAGACACAGCAUUUGCAAAACAAGUCACGGAGCUUCAGAGUGAGGUUCUUUACAAGCAAAAACACGAUGCAGAUAAGGGAAAAUCUACUUACGCUCAAAUGCUAGAGCCCCCAGACAUCAAGCACGCGAUGGAAGUCAACAGACACCAGAGCAAUGUAAGUUAUAAGAAGAAAAAUGCACAGGAGAUCCACAAAUACACUGAAGUGAUGAACAGACCAGACAUACGGAAGGCUACAGAGAUCUCCAAGAUCAUAAGCAAUGUGGAUUAUAAAAAAGCCAAAGGUGACCUGAGUAAAGAAUCCAUGGUCUUGGGAAGACCAGAUUUCGAACAUGCAAAAGAAAUGUCAAAGAUCACCAGUCAGGUGAAAUACAAGGAACAUUUCAAGGAAAUGAAGGGUAAGAACCAUUGCUACAACCCCCUGGACAGCGCUGUCUUCAGGAGUGCCCAAGCUGCAACAGACUUGGCGAGUGAUGUGAAGUAUAAGAAAGACAGGCAUAUCAUACAUGACACCUCUGUGGACCUUCCAAACUUACUGAACCUGGAACAUGCCCUGAGGGCCACCAAACUACAAAGCAAUACCGUCUAUAAGAAACAAUUUGAGGAAAGUAAAGGAAAUUACAAUUUUUCUUUGGAUACAGCAGAACAGAACCACCAUAAGGAGAACGCUGUACUGCAAAGUCAGGUGAAAUACAGAGAGGAGUAUGAAAAAUCAAAGGGGAGGUCCAUGCUUGAGUUUGUGGAUACUCCGUCGUACAACGUUUCAAAGGAGGCUCAAACAUUUCAGAGUGAGACCGUCUAUAAGAAACAAUUUGAGGAAAGUAAAGGAAACCACCAUUUUUCUUUGGAUACAGCAGAACAGAAUCACCAUAAGGAGAACGCUGUACUGCAAAGUCAGGUGAAAUACAGAGAGGAGUAUGAAAAAUCGAAGGGGAGGUCCAUGCUUGAGUUUGUGGAUACUCCGUCAUAUAACGUUUCAAAGGAGGCUCAAAAAUUUCAGAGUGAGAAAUUAUACCGGAAAGAGUUUGAAGAGACAAUCAAAGGAAAAGCAUCAGUGGACCUGGAGCUGACCCCAGCAUUACUGCAUGCCAAACAUGCCAUGAACCUGGUCAGCGAGAAGGAGUACAGGAAGGACUUGAAAGAAGGAAUCAGAGGAAAGGGUUUGACGGUUCUGGAAGAUACACCGGAAAUAAUCAGGGUGAAAAACGCUUCACAGAUAUUAAAUGAGAAAGCGUAUCGGAAGGACCUGGAAAAUGAUAUCAAAGGAAAAGGCAUGGAGUUCAGCGCGGACAUCCCCGAUAUGAUCCGAGCCAAGCGGGCAACUGAAAUAGUCAGUGAGAAAGAAUACAAGAAAGAAUUCGAAACCGAAAUCAAGGGAAAGGGAAUGCAAGUGGGUGCUGAUUUUCCUGAGUUACAGCAUUUUAAGAGGGUCUCUGAAUUGGUGAGCCAGAAAAAGUACAAAGAUGAAGCUGAAAGACUGAGAUCUACGUAUUCUAUUGUCGCAGAUACCCCCGAAAUAGAAAGGGUGAAGAAUGCACAAAAAUCCAUAAGUUCUGUGUUUUAUAAGAAGGGGCUAGGUGCCGGCAUAUCUAUCAGGGAGACCCCAGAGAUGGAGAGAGUGAAGAUCACACAGCAGAAUAUCAGUGCAGUAAAGUACAAGGAAGAUAUUGGACCUGCCACAGCAAUAUCUGACCUGCCCGAAAUCAAGAGGGUUAAGGAGAACCAGAAAAACAUCAGCAAUGUUCAUUAUAAGGAGCCACUGAGCAGAGCGACCCCCAUCAGCAUGACUCCAGAGAUGGAACUAGCUAAGAAGAACCAGGAACAUUUCAGCACGGUCCAUUACAAAGAAAAAGUUGGCAAAGUCACACCUGUCGGUCUUACUCCAGAGAUGGAGAGGGUCAAAAAGAACCAAGAAAAUAUUAGUUCGGUAAAAUACAGCAAUGACUUACAGCAGAUGAAAGGCAGACCUAGCGUAAUUCUAGACACACCAGAGCUGAGGCAUGUCAGAGAAACACAAAAUAAUAUAUCAAUGAUAAAAUAUCAUGAAGACUUUGAGAAGACGAAAGGCAGAGGCUUCACCCCAGUACCAGAUGAUCCAGUGACGGAGAGAGUAAGAAAAAACACACAGAUCGUCAGCGACGCUGCUUACAAGGGUGUCCACCCCCAUGUGGUGGAGAUGGACCGACGACCGGGAAUCGUUGUAGACCUUAAGGUUUGGCGUACUGACCCAGGCUCUAUUUUCGACAUUGACCCAGUGGAGGACAAUAUUCAGUCCCGGAGCCUUCGUAUGUUAACUGAGCGAGCUAGUCUUGGCCAUAGGCAGUCUUGCCACUCUGCGGGGGCAGCCAGGGUGAGCCAGGCAGAUGACAGGUCAGAGGCGUCUGAGAUUAAAUCUAGCUUCUCUUACUACAGUGAAGGGGCAAAGGCAUCCGAUGAAGGAGCCCCUGUAGGUGCCUACCAUCCAUCUCAGCCUCAAGGCUUUGGCUACAUGCACCCGCCAAGUAUGUCCUCUACCAGGUCAAUGCAUUCUCCACAUGCACAUUCAACCUCACCAAGUAUGAGAACAUACAGAGCCAUGUACGACUACAGCGCUCAAGAUGAUGAUGAGGUUUCCUUCAGGGACGGUGACUAUAUUGUCAACGUGCAGCCAAUCGAUGACGGAUGGAUGUACGGCACAGUGCAGAGAACUGGGAAGACGGGGAUGCUGCCAGCCAAUUACAUUGAGCCCGUUAACUGAGAGCCGCACGUUCCUUCACCUUUCAGCACUCAGUAUAUAUUUUAUUUUUAUGUAAGGAUCACGACGAUCAUGAAAUCUUUAUUGACAAUUAUUCUUUUAAAACGCGUAAAAUUAAGUUUAAGCUUAUUUUUUAAGCACUAGCAUAGAACCUAUGAAAUAGAAGAAGCUCUUACCGUAAGGAAAAGGACUCUGCCAACAAACCCUCAUAGACUUAGUUGAAUGUUGUAUAUUACCAUAUAAUGGAAUAUUUUUUUCUCUUACAUGACAUAUCCUUUCAUAGUUAACCUCAGAGGGCUGGUAAUUGCUGACAAUCGCGGAUAUAGCAGUGGCAUAACGUAGAUUAUAUAUAAGAUUAUGAAACAUAUUUAGCUGCUUCUGCUAUAUUCUAUACUCUGUGCAUUGUUUAGUAUUGCACCUUUAGUCAAAUGGAAUCAAAUCUUUCCAAAUAUAAUUCUAAUUUAAUACUAAAUAUUAUAUAAAAAAGUUGUAUUUAUGAUCAUAAUAUAGUCAAUAGUUUCCAAAGAUCUUUGUGAUUGCAUUCAGAAUGAUGGGAGAGUUCCGCUGCACAAGAAAACAUCUCACUUUUUAAAAGGUAAAUCAAAAGAAAAUGGUAUAUAAACAGUGCCGUGCAAAAGUCUUAGGUGUGGUAAAAGUGCUGCAAAGUAAAAAUGCUUUCAGUUUUAAUAGUUUAUUUUUAUCAAUUAACAAAAUGCAAAGUGAAUGAACAAAAGAGAAAUCUAAAUCAGAUCAAUAUUUGGUGUGACCGCACUUUGCCUGCAAUACAGUAUCAGUUCUUCUAGGUACACUCGCACACAGUUUUUGAAGGAACUCGGCAGGAAGGUUAUUCCAAACAUCUUGCAGAACUAACUACAGAUCU